AUGGCGGCGGCCAGGGCUGUCUUGCGGCGUGGGGGCUGUUGUUGGGUCGCGUUGUCGCAGUGCGGCGGUUGGGCCGCGGCCGGGCCCCUCUGUGGGGCCGUGGCCUACUCCUCCGUGCCGGCCGUGAGCAGCAGGGCAGGCAAGCAGAGGGAAGCCUCAACACGGAGAACAAGCAGGCCAUCAGAAUUUGUAAAAACACAUGUACCUCCUAGAACUGAGAGGAUGGCUGUUGAUCAGGACUGGGCCAGUGUUUAUCCAACAGCAGCUUCAUUUAAACCUGCUUCUGUGCCUCUUCCAAUUCGCAUGGGUUACCCAGUGAAAAGAGGAGUACCUCUGCCAAAAGAAGGCAACUUAGAGCUUAUAAAGAUUCCCAAUUUUUUGCAUCUUACUCCUCCUGCAAUUAGGAAACAUUGUGCAGCUCUAAGAGAUUUCUGCACUGAGUGGCCAAGUGCUUUGGACAGUGACCAGAAAUGUGAGCAGCAUUUUCCUAUUGAAAUUGAAACAGUAGAUUACAUUAGUGCAGGGACAUCUAUUCGUAAUCCCAAAGCAAGAGUUGUGACUUUAAAAGUUAAACUUUCUAACCUGAAUUUGGAUGACCAUGCAAAGAAGAAGAUCAUUAAACUUGUAGGAGAACGGUACUGCAAGGAUACAGAUAUGCUCACAAUUACCACAGACAGGUGUCCGUUAAGGAGACAGAACUAUGAUUAUGGAAUACACCUCCUCACAGUUUUGUACCAUGAAUCUUGGAAAACUGAGAUGUGGGAAAGUGAGAAGACUGAGGAAGACAUGGAAGAGUAUAUCUGGGAAAACAGCUGCUCACAGAAGAAUGCUUUGGAUACACUGCUUCAAAUAAAAGCCUCAGAGAAUAUUACCAAUGUAACUAAGGAGGAACUUCUUGCAUCUGAGAUAGUUAAGAAUUACAAAAAGUCUGUAGUUGCACUUAAAAAUGAAGGUGAAACAGAAAAUAACAUGUCUCAGUAUAAGGAAUCUGUGAAGAAAUUAUUGAAUAUACAAGCAUGA